CCGACGCCGACAUCGCAGCCAUGGUCGAUCAUCGCCUUGCUGGCAAUACCAAAAUUCCGGAUUCCACCAACGUUGCUGCCACCUCACCAGCCUAUGGCAAUCUCAGCUCUGGCCAUCUCAGCUCUGGCAAUCUCAGCUCUGGCAGUCCCAGCUCCCACAAGCCCGGCAUUUCCAAACUCAACGAGCCCAAUGUCAAAGCGCAGGACAUUGCCGAACUCGACGAGCCCAAGGUCAAAGCGCAGGACAUUGCCGAACUCGACGAACCCAAGGUCAAAGCGCAGGACAUUGCCGAUGAUGUCAAGGAUACGACGGACAGUGAUGAUGACGAGGAUGAAGUCUCGAUGCUAAAGCAGCAAAUGCAGUUGCUUGCUUUGCAGCUUCAGAUCCAAGAGGCGAAGGCCAAAGCCAAGAAGGCGAAGAAGGCGAAGAAGGAGGAGGGGCAGAAGAAGGCUGAUGUCGUGUGAUCGAAGCUCGUUCGUCGUUGGAUUCGCAGGUCUCGGGUGAGCGAGGGCGUGGCGUGGCGUGGUUGUUGAGGAAGCGUAACUGAGAUUGUGAACGUAGAAGCUUACGAACGAAUUUACGAUUGAUUGAAAAUAGGGAUGGAUCUCCUUUGUUAGGUUGGGUUUGGGAAUAGAGUAGGAAAGAAAAGCAGAUAGAGAAGAACGC